UAGAUAAAAGUUGAAAUUUCUUAUUAUUCUAGGGCAGAGUUUAAAGCAACUUGGGCCCUUGGGUUUUGUGAGAAGUUUUAUGAAUAUAUUAGUUUAUUAGUUUUUAUUUCUAUUAGUAACCAGUAAAUAUAUAGCAAAAAAUCAUUGAGCUUUAUGGACCUAAUGGUAAGAGAAAAUUAGAAGUAUAUAGAUGAUUUCCAUCAUAAUUGAUAAUUUUUAGAAAUUCUGUAUCAGAACACUGAAAAGCAUCCCACUUGUUAAGUAAUUUGUUCCAUUUUUCUCCUAGUUUUGGGUACAUUAAAAGUUGGUCAUUAAAGGCAUAUUAAAUAUUCUUGUUUUCAUAUGCCUCUGUUCAUUAUUACAUGAAGUUAAACUCAGUAUCCGAAGCCUUCCUUCACACAAUCCCCCAAAAAUGCAUACAAUCAGUAUAAAUUGAAAAAAAAAAGUAGGGUAUUUCUCUAAAUACAAAAAGAAAAACAUGUGUCUUUAAUUUUUUUUCAACUCUGCCUAAAUUGACAUGUGUUUUACAUUAGUCCUGUAUUAUUCAAACUUUCAUACAUAUGUGUGCAUUAGGCUUGCUCACAGAGUUUGGUGAUAGGGUUUCUGUAUGUAUAAGAUACCUGCAAAUCCAAACUACUUCAUUUGAAAUUUGGGAAAUUUUUCCUAAAAUAACUUCCACUAAUAUAUGUGUGUUUGUGUAUGUAUAUAUGUAUGUUUUAUAUAUAAAUAUUUAUAUAUGCAUAUCAUAUGUAAUACACAUAUUCUACAAAUGUAUUAUAUAUCUAUAAAAUAGCACCAUGGAAUGCUUUAAGUAUAUUUUAAUUGGUUUUCAGCGUUGGGGUGUGUGAGUUAUUCUUCUAUAUUUUAAGGAUGGUGUCCUUUUUAGGAAAAUAUUUAAGUGUGAUCUUUUAGACAGAUGUGCAUUCCUGAAAAAGGAAAGACUAAUUAAAAAAAUAAAAACAGGAAUUGUCUCCUGGUUUACUUUUUGCAACAGCUGUUAAAAUUCAGAAAGUGACAAGAGAAAUAUCUAUAACAAUUCUACGGUUGUUCAUAAAAGAAAAAUCUCUCUUUUACCUGCCUUGGUGAGCAUCUUAUCAGCAAGCACAUUAACUCAAACAAUAACUACUCUUAUCUGCAGAGGCCAGGUUCAGGCUUAUUAGUGAAGUGAACUGGCAGCCACUCCUCUCUGCAUAGCAACUGGAGCAAAUAUUGUUCCAGCCCGCCGAGUGACCAAUGAGAACUGAGAUAGUGCCGUGGAAUCUUUUCAAUACACACAGUGUUAGUGCGAACAACCUCUCUUUGACUCUCAUUCCUCCUCUCAUUUAAUCUCUACCAUUUCAAGAGAAUGAUCUCAUCUACAGACUGUAAAUACUUGGGGACUUUUAUGAAGGGAAAAUAUUACAAAGGGCUGAAGCUUGCUUCAAGAACAACUUAGAUGGUUCUGUGAAGGGAAAGAACUGCACAACACUCCUGAUAUCCAAAUCCACUGUGAGGGUGGGGACCUCCAUACCCUGAUCAUAGCAGAGGCCUUUGAGGACGACACAGGUCGCUACACCUGUUUGGCCACGAAUCCCAGCGGCUCAGACACAACAUCUGCUGAGGUCUUCAUUGAAGGUGCCAGUUCAACAGAUUCCGACGGUGAAAGUUUAGCUUUCAAAUCAAAAGCUGGAGCUAUGCCACAAGCUCAAAAGAAAACAACUUCUGUUUCCUUGACAAUAGGAUCAUCAUCUCCAAAGACAGGGGUGACCACGGCUGUGAUUCAACCAUUAUCUGUCCCUGUGCAGCAGGUUCACAGUCCGACUUCAUAUCUGUGCCGACCUGAUGGAACCACCACCCCCUACUUUCCUCCUGUUUUUACAAAGGAACUGCAAAACACAGCUGUGGCAGAAGGCCAGGUGGUGGUUCUGGAGUGCCGGGUCCGAGGGGCACUCCCUCUGCAGGUCCAGUGGUUUCGGCAAGGGAGUGAAAUCCAAGACUCCCCAGAUUUCCGAAUUCUACAGAAAAAACCUAGAUCUACAGCUGAACCUGAGGAGAUUUGCACCCUAGUUAUCGCUGAGACUUUCCCUGAAGAUGCAGGGAUCUUUACAUGUUCAGCAAGAAAUGAUUAUGGAUCAGCAACCAGCACUGCCCAGCUGGUUGUCACCUCAGCCAACACUGAAAACUGUAGUUAUGAGUCAAUGGGAGAAUCCAACAACGAUCACUUCCAACACUUUCCACCUCCCCCUCCAAUCUUGGAGACAAGUUCCUCUGAAUUGGCUUCAAAGAAACCACCUGAGAUCCAGAAGGUGAACAACCCUGAGUUAGGCCUGAGCAGGGCAGCCCUUCAAAUGCAAUUCAAUUCUGCUGAGAGGGAAUCGAACGGAGUCCAUCCCAGCCACGGAGUAAAUGGCCUGAUUAACGGCAAAGCUAACAGUCAUAAAUCUCUCCCAACACCAGCUGUCCUGCUUUCACCCACUAAGGAGCCACCACCUCUGCUUGCCAAACCAAAACUAGACCCGCUGAAGAUCCAGCAACUGCAGAACCAGAUCCGCCUGGAGCAGGAGGCCGGCGUCCGGCAGCCCCCGCCAGCCCGCAGCGCGCCACCCUCGCCGCCCUUCCCGCCGCCACCCGCCUUCCCCGAGCUCGCGGCCUGCGCGCCGCCCGCGUCCCCGGAGCCCAUGAGCGCGCUGGCCUCCCGCGCCACCCCCGCCAUGCAGUCCUCCGGCUCCUUCAACUACGCGCGCCCCAAGCAGUUCAUCGCAGCGCAGAACCUCGGGCCCGCCUCGGGACAUGGCACGCCUGCCUCCAGCCCUGGCUCGUCCAGCCUCCCGUCGCCCCUGUCCCCGACGCCCCGGCCGCUCGCUCGCGCGCCCGCGCCACCCUUCGCGCCCCUAUUUGGCGCGGAGCCCGACACCCCCUGGGGCUCGUCCUCGCCGUCGCCUCCGCCGCCGCCGCCCCCGGUCUUCAGCCCCACAGCGGCCUUCCAGGUGCCCGACGUAUUCCCGCUGCCGCCGCCGCCGCCGCCGCUCCCAAGCCCCGGCCCCGCGCCCCACGGCUCCUCGUCUGCCGCCCGCUUCGGCCACAGCCAGACGCCCGCAGCCUUCCUCAGCGCCCUGCUGCCCUCGCAGCCGCCGCCGGCCGCCGUCAACGCCCUGGGGCUGCCCAAGGGCGUCACCCCCGUCGGAUUUCCGAAGAAGGCCAGUAGGACUGCUAGAAUAGCCUCUGAUGAGGAGAUUCAAGGCACAAAGGAUGCUGUUAUUCAAGACCUAGAACGAAAACUUCGCUUCAAGGAAGACCUCCUGAACAACGGCCAGCCGAGGUUAACAUAUGAAGAAAGAAUAGCUCGUCGACUGCUAGGUGCUGACAGUGCAACCGUCUUCAACAUUCAGGAGCCAGAAGAGGAAACCGCUCAUCAGGACAUUGGGUCUCCUCAUGCUUCUGUAGGGAGUCCUCUGGAUGGUCAAAAGGAAUACAAAGUCUCCAGCUGUGAACAGAGACUCAUCAGUGAAAUAGAGUACAGGCUAGAAAGGUCCCCUGUGGAUGAAUCAGGUGAUGAAGUUCAGUAUGGAGAUGUGCCUGUGGAAAAUGGAACGGCACCAUUCUUUGAGAUGAAGUUGAAACAUUACAAGAUCUUUGAGGGAAUGCCAGUAACUUUCACAUGUAGAGUGGCUGGAAAUCCAAAGCCAAAGAUCUACUGGUUUAAAGAUGGGAAGCAGAUUUCUCCAAAGAGUGAUCACUACACCAUUCAAAGAGAUCUCGAUGGGACCUGCUCCCUCCAUACCACAGCCUCCACUUUAGAUGAUGAUGGGAAUUACACAGUUAUGGCUGCAAACCCUCAGGGCCGCAUCAGUUGUACUGGACGGCUAAUGGUACAGGCUGUCAACCAAAGAGGUCGAAGUCCCCGCUCUCCCUCAGGCCAUCCUCAUGUCAGAAGGCCUCGUUCUAGAUCAAGGGACAGUGGAGAUGAAAAUGAGCCAAUUCAGGAGCGAUUCUUCAGACCUCACUUCUUGCAGGCUCCUGGAGAUCUGACUGUUCAAGAAGGAAAGCUCUGCAGAAUGGACUGCAAGGUCAGUGGGUUACCAACCCCAGAUCUAAGCUGGCAACUAGAUGGGAAGCCUAUACGCCCUGACAGUGCUCACAAGAUGUUGGUGCGUGAGAACGGGGUGCACUCUCUGAUCAUAGAGCCAGUCACGUCACGCGAUGCCGGCAUCUACACAUGCAUAGCUACCAACCGUGCAGGACAGAACUCAUUCAGCCUGGAGCUUGUGGUUGCUGCUAAAGAAGCACACAAACCCCCUGUGUUUAUUGAGAAACUGCAAAACACAGGAGUUGCUGAUGGGUACCCAGUGCGGCUGGAAUGUCGUGUAUUGGGAGUGCCACCACCUCAGAUAUUUUGGAAGAAAGAAAAUGAAUCACUCACUCACAGCACUGACCGAGUGAGCAUGCACCAGGACAACCAUGGCUACAUCUGCCUGCUCAUUCAGGGAGCCACAAAAGAAGAUGCUGGGUGGUAUACUGUUUCAGCCAAGAAUGAAGCAGGGAUUGUGUCCUGUACUGCCAGGCUGGACGUUUACACCCAGUGGCAUCAGCAGUCACAGAGCACCAAGCCAAAAAAAGUGCGGCCCUCAGCCAGUCGCUAUGCAGCACUUUCGGACCAGGGACUAGACAUCAAAGCAGCGUUCCAACCUGAAGCCAACCCAUCUCCCCUGACACUGAAUACUGCCUUGGUAGAAAGUGAGGACCUGUAAUCCAGCAGUCGUCUUGUUAAAGCUGAAACACUGAAACAGCCAUUGCCUUGACCAGCAUAUUCCUUUGUCACAUUAUGUAAAAGGCAGAAACAUACCUUUGGCUAUAAAAGAAAUUAUAAAAAAACACCAAAAUAAUAUUUUUGUUACUUGAUAUACCAAACUUAGAGUUUAAGUAGAUGAUGCUAAUAGAAAUAUACACAUUGCACAGAAAAUUCACAUUUACUGUCCAAUUUAAAACUUUGGAAUUACUGUGAUUAAAGUGACCUAAAAUGCCAAAAUACUAAAGGAAAUCAGUUGUUCACAGGUAAUCACAAUUUGUAUUAGCUACAAGUGCCUUUAAACACAAGAUAUAGGUGCUGUGUAGCCUGAUAGUGUGAAAUGUUUAAUGAGGCAGUUGUACCACAAACAAUACUACAGUGAUUCUGAAGUGCAGUGUAUUCAGACAGAUACAGUGAACCAAGUGCAAUACAUAAGGAUGAAAAAAGAAGAAAUGACAAAGAAAUCCAAGUAAAUGCCUUGUCUUUUAGCAAAUGUUUUUAUAUUAAAUCAUAAGGAAGGAACUACUUGCCUUAAAUUUUAGUAAUAUCAAGAGUUUUCUAACAAGGUUAAUACCUUAGUUCUUAAUGUUUUUUUUUUCUUUAUGUGUAGUGCUUUCAUGCUACCUUGGUAGGAAACCAUAUUAAAAGGCCAAUUUACAAACCAUAUUAAAAGGCUAAUUUAAAUAUAAAUAAUAUAAAGUGCUCUGAAUAAAGCAGAAAUGUAUUACAGUUCAUUCCACAAAAAGCAUCCAAACCACCCAGAUGACCAAGGCAUAUAUAGUAUUUGGAGGAAUCAUGGGUUUGCAAGGAAAAGGGAAGAGAAUGAAGGAAAGUGUAACCAGCACAAUUUUAGUGUGUCCAUUUAGAUAAAAGUAGAAGGCACAGGAGAGGUAGCAAAGGCCAGGCUAUUCUUUGGUUUUCUUGAAAAUUAAACACAGGUGAAAAAAACACUGCCAUUCACAACUGGAGGAACCUAGGGCCAGCUGGAAGCGUGGAGCACACAUGCUGUGGAGACCGUGGUGUCUGAAGUUUGUGUAGUAGUGGAAGAUUGUAGGUAUGUAGAGCAGGUUGAAAAUGGAUUGAGACUGCAAGGCGGCAUAAACGGGAAACUGCCUGUAGGAUCUAGUCUACUUGAAGGAAGCGGAGAGACAAGGGGAGACAAAAACAGGUUUGUGCCUUAAAGUAUUUUUUCAAAGGCACCAAGAUGUGGUGAGUGGAAUUAUUAGUUUACUUCCCUGCUGCCAUGAAACCUUACCUUGAGAAGGUGCUGGAUUCCAAGGUUUGUAAAGGUAUCUCGGUAAAGACCGCUUUUUGAAUGCAUAUGAAUUUGCAUCAGCUAGACUGAGUUGAUUCUGACCAGACUUGAUGGUUUUAAGUCGGAACUGUUAAAUUUUAAAAAGGAGAAAAAAUAAUUUAACCUAGUAGUACAAAACAUGAGGCUUUAAUGGUACUUUGCUAUGAAAAGAAAACACUGUAUUCCUUACGUAAAACACAUAUAUCUUUCAUUAUUUAUAAGUGGCCUCUCUUAGCUCAGUUACUCAAUUCAUACGUAGUAUUUUUAAAAAUGAUUUUAUAUCUGUGUACCACCCCGUAUAUUUCAUAUUACUGUUUCACAUGUACAGCUUUCUACUUCUUUGUAAGAACACAACCAACCAAGGUUUCAGUGAUUAAUAGGCUUGAGCACUGGGUGGCAGAUGUUCUAUGCAGCGUGGUUCAAAUUUCUUUGACCACACUUAUAUGCAUUGCUAAGAUGGGAUUUAAGAUACCAUAUAAAGAGUCUCUCGUGGACCUAUCUCUAUUGUAGAAUUAUGACUUAUGUCUUACUUGCCAAAUUUUUCUGAAUGUGACUUUUUUUUGCUAAUUUGCUGGGUUUGGGAUUAACUAGUAUUAUUUUGCCACCUUUAUAUUGUAUUUAUAAAAAAAAGUACUAUCAUACUACUUUGGAUUGUUGUGCUGGUGUAAUGUGGAUUUAACAUCAAUAAAUAUUUGACAAAUAA